AUGACACAUCUUACUUUGGGGUGGAGCAUCGUAGUCUUGUUAUUGACCGCUUUCUUGCAACACACUUUGGCAUUCAAUACGUCCAUCUUUCAAAUCAUUCAGCCGGUCUUUGAGACCCUGCUUGGUCCCACCCCUCAGAUCGAAGUACUGGUGAAGGCAAGCGGAGGCCAGCAGCUUUACCACGAAGGCGGAGCAUAUCAUGAACCGUCAGGCGCGCUGUGGGUGGCAUCAGAUGGGCUUGCCAACGCCACGAAUCGACGUAUCUUCCGAGUAACCGGACUGGGGUCUCCUGCCACAGUACAUGUCGAGAGCAUCAACCACACAAUCGCAAACCCUAUCGGAGCCCAUGUCAAUGUUCCCGGGAGUCCACUGGGCGAUGUCAUCCUCUUCGUCGCCCAAGGAUCACUCGCCAAAAUGCCUCCUGCUGGUGUUUACGCAAUGAAUCCUUACCCUCCGUACAAUACCUCGCUAGUCAUCGGAUCCUACGGUGAUAAUCCUUUCAAUUCGCUGGAUGACAUCACGGUCACUCCUGACGGUGUCAUCUUCAUUUCCGACCCACCAUAUGGCUAUGGUCAAGGAAACCGACCGAAGCCUUUACUUCCCAAUCAAGUCUACUCAUAUAAUCCGUUUACCAACGACCUCAGAGUAGCCGCAGAUGGUUUCGUACGCCCCAAUGGUCUCGCAGCAAGUCCCGAUGGCAAUACCAUAUACGUCGCAGAUACCGGCGCUCUUUUGUACGAGAACGUACCCUUGGACACACAAGGAUUUCGAACGAUCUAUGCCUUUGACCGAGUCAAUGGCUUCUUGACCAAUCGACGGGUCUUCGCCAUGCCGCAAGCUUUCGCUUCAGCUGCUGAUGGCAUCAGAGUAGAUUCAUAUGGUAACGUAUGGGCGAGUGUCGCGGGUCAGGGCAUAAGUGUGUGGGACAAGAGUGGUACGCUACUAGGCGAUAUAACCAUCGAUAACAACGGUGGAAACCUUGGACUUGCAGACCUUGGCGAGUUGUAUUUGUUGGGAGGCGACACCAUCUUCAAGGUCAGCGUCUCGACGACAGUGAGACAUGCUUGA